CUUGCUGGAAGGCUUUGUGCAGCAGAUUCGACAGAAAUGCUAACGAAUAGAAUGUUAAAUUAGUCUUUAAAUUAAAAUUUAGGGGUUAUAUUCACUUUGAAAGUGGUUUGAAUAUAUCUGCAAAGUACUGUCGUUUUCUUAUGCGGACGCUGGAGCGAUGAAGGGGCAAAAUGCAGCUGGUUCUGUGUUUAUGUGUCGGCUCUGCAACCUCUUCUCUCCCAGUCGCGCUCAGCUGCUGGUCCAUUGCUCCCAGCAGCACCCCCAGCAAGAGCCUCCUGAUGACAUUGUCAUUGCACUGCAGCCCCUUGUAGGAGACCCUGUGGCUGCACCUACAGAGAGUCCUAAACGAAAACGAGGACGACCAAAAGGCUCUAAGAACGUUUGUUCAGUUUUGAAAGAGAGCAAGGCCAACUUUGCUCAUUCUCAAGAAGAUUACGUCAGAAGAGAAGAAGAGGAGACGGACAAGGACGGAGAGAGACAGUGUAGCUCGAAAGAUGGUGAAAACCAUGAUGGGAUAUCAGAUCUUAAAUGUAGAAACUGUCAUCGCUCAUUCAGCAACAGACGGCAGAUCCUCAAACACAUCUGCCUCAGAGAUGAGGAAGAGGAGGACAGAGAAGAAGAUGGGAGCCAUGGUGGUCAAACGAGUGUCGAGGAUUCAGAGAGUUUGGAUCCAGGGGGAGUAAAUCAAAACCAGAAGUCAGUAAAACCCGGGCCUAAGAGAAAAAAGGACUCAAGCAACAUCAAGGAAGGAGGCCAAGCAGCAGGAAUCAAGAAGUCUGUCAUCAGCGUCGUUCUGACAGAAGAUGAAACACUUCCAGGUGUUGCUAAAAUGGUUCCAGUCGAGGAAAGCUCAGCAGAAAUGAAGUCGCCGGCCACCCAAGCUCCAUCUCAAACAUCUGCAGUCUUCCACAUUUUUUCAAAAGAUAAAGGUGAAGCUGCUUCCUGUGACGGUAACCAAAUGACAGAUCAGGAAACAAGUUCUGACACAACCUCCACAACAACGACAACAACAACAACCACAACAACCAGCAGAGGCUUCCAGGAAUAUUCUAUCAAGCAAAAUACUUCCAAUUUACACCAGAGCAAGUUGAGGAUCUACUCCUGUGAGUUCUGUAAUAAGAUCUUCAAAUUCAGACACUCACUAACGGCCCACCUCAGGACGCACACACAGGAGAAACCGUUCCAGUGUCCACACUGUGACUAUGCAUCCACCAUUAAAGCCAACCUGAACGUUCACCUGAGGAAGCACACAGGAGAGAAGUUCAGCUGUCCACACUGUCCUUUCAACUGCCUCAACAAGGGACACCUUAAGGUCCACAUAGAGCGAGUCCAUCUGAAGGUAAAGCAGCACUGUAGCUUCUGUGAGUGUAAAUACUCAGAUGUGAAGAACCUGCUGAAACACAUGGAGGAACACCAUAAUCUGAAUGACCCCGCUGUCCAACAGAGCUACCAACAGCUCAGAUUAAAGACUCGUCAGUGCCUCCGAGAGCUCCUCUACCACUGUCCAACCUGUAACCGUCAUUUUAAGAACAAACUUGAGCAAGAGCGCCACCUGUUGGUCCACGGACCUCUGCGUCCCUUUGCCUGCCUCCUCUGUGACCAUGCUGCGACCAGGCUGACUGCCCUCGCAGCUCAUGUCAGGAAGCAUCUCUUCCUGUAUGUCUGCUGUGUUUGUGAUGGGAAGUUUGUGAGUUCUGUGAGGCUGAAGAACCACCUGGAAGAGACGCACCCUGAGGUGGACCUGGAGUCAACCUUUAGCGACUGCAUCAACAACAGCUUCUGUCUGACGCAGCCCGGGGGAGAGAUGCGGGGAGACCAGGAGAGGGAGAAUACAGAGGGAGAGAUGACGAAAGAGUGCAUGAUGGAGCAGGAAGGAGAAAAUGAAACACUGAGAGAAGAGGCUGGGGAAAAAGAUGUAGGAGAGGAGGUGAUGCUGGAAGGAGGAGAGGAGAGGAUGGAAGUUGAAGUGGGUGAAAAUAAGGAACAAAAAGUGGAGGAAGAAACAGAUAGACUUAAGGGGGGGAGAGAAGAAGAAGAGCAAGUUCAACAAGAAAUGCUUUAUCAGGUUGUUUCUAUGGAAACUAAAACUUCCACUGACGGACCAGAUGAAGCAACAGCAGAGGAGGAGUCAAAGGACAACAUGGUGGACUCAUGCACUCAUGCUGCUGAACACAACACACACAUGGUUUUAUCAACAAAGAAUAUCAACAUUUCUCCUUCAGAGGGCAGGACUCAAGAAGACAUAAACACCCCUAGAGAGGAUUCACACAUAUCCUCGUCGUCACUUAAUUUAAGUGUACACUCGCCUUUGUCUUCAGCACCCCAAACGGAAGACAUGCAAACAUCAAAUUCAGAAAGGGUGUCAGAGGUUUCCCAUGAGAGUGCGUUCCUGCAGGUGCUGUCAGCCAUUCAGAAGACUCCGCUCAAUGUUGAAUCUUUCCAACGGCUCAGGAAAAUAUAUGGAGAACUGGAAUGUCAAUACUGCGGUAAAUUGUUCAUGUAUAACGUCCACUAUAAUGUCCAUGUACGCACACAUACCAAAGAGCACUCGCAUUACUGCUCAAAGUGCAGCUACUCUACCAUCACUAAAUGUGCUUUGAAGCGGCACCAGAUCCAGAAGCACAGUGGCAUGCUGCUGACUUGUUCUAAUCCAGACUGUAAAUACACAACGCCUGACAAGUACAAACUAAAAGAGCAUAUGAAGACACACAAAGGAAAGAAGAAGAGCGUAAGUUGUCCUGUUUGCCAGCAGAGCUAUCCAGAGCACAGACUGAAACACCACAUCAAGACAUCCCACCCUGACUCCCUACCUGCGCAGGGUGUAGGCCUGAUGGUGCAGCGUGCAGAGAAGUGUCCUUACUGUGACUCUUAUUUCGUGAAGAAUAGCAGUGACUUUCAGCGGCACAUAUGGGAACAUGAAGGUGUGAAGCCUUACCUCUGCACUGUGUGUGACUAUGCGAGCCGCAGCAGCAGCAACUUGAGGAAACACAUGAAUAAACACAACACGGAGAGAAGCCACUUAUGUGACCUGUGUGGCAAAAAGUUUAAAUCUAAAAUCACGCUGAGAAGCCACAGACUGACCCACAGCGACGAGGGAAAACAGUUUCAGUGCUCAGAGUGUGACUACACCUCAAUCUCUAAACGUUACCUGCUCAGACACAUGGAGCAACACUCUGAGUUUAAGCCAUUUCGCUGUGUCCAUUGCCACUACUCCUGUAACAUGGCUCACACCCUGAAGCGCCACUACAAGCUGAAACACCCGGACCAGAAAUAUGAAAAUGCUGGACCUGGCCUGCCUGACUCUGACACUCUGAAACAGCAAGGUGGAUUGAAAUGUCCUGAAUGUGAAUUUGUGUAUGGCACAAAAUGGGAACUGAGCCGCCACCUGAAGAACAAACACAGUCUGAGUGUGCUGGAAGGCACCUGGGAGGUUGGAGAGGCAGUGGAGGCCCAGUAUGUGACUGUGGAUAAUGAGGAGCAGCUGACAGAAAUACCUGCCGAUGCCCUGCAGGAAAAUGUUGAUAUCCAGCAGAUCACUGAGUUCAGUUCUGAAACUCAUAAAGCUGUCACGUCCAUGGUUGCCAUGGCUCCGGGCACUGUCACUGUGGUACAACAGCUGCAGGUGGCUGAUGAGCAAGAAGUCAGUGACUGCAGCAACCAGCUGAUGGUGGUGAACGCUGACGGGGGUCUAACUGGUGACCAGGUGAUGGUGGUGAAUGCAGAUGGGGGUCUAACCGGAGACCAGGUGAUGGUGGUGAAUGCAGAUGGGGGCCUUACUGGUGAGCAGGUGAUGGUGGUGGAGGACGCACACAGCCUGGAGGCUCUGACAGUCCUAACUCAGGGAGAAAACACCCACCACUAUAUUGUCUACGUCCAGGAGCACACUGUGGAAAUCAACUAGGCAGACCAGUGAGUGUCAGUUGAUCAGUUUACAAAGUGAAGUAAAUUAAAUGCAUCAGUAAAGUCAGGAUUUAUGUAUAUAUAUUUAACAUGGUUGAACAUGAACUCCAGUCUUUUCAGUUUUUGGUAAUGAUAUAAAGCCAGGUGUGCAAAACUUGUUUGUGUUGUUAUGUAAAAAAUUUUGUACUUAAAAGAAAAUAUGAAUAAAACCUUUGUCCUACAGAGUUUGAUGUACAAGAGUGGCCACUGCUGAGAAAAUGUUUUUAAUUGUGUUCCUGCAAAAAAAAUGCUUUUGUAAUGGUAGAUGGCAUGAAUUAAGUCCUGACAUUUUUUUUUUUGGUUUUGGUUGUUUUAAUGACUUCAUGAUCAGAACCAAGCAGACCUAAUCACUGAGGGACCCCGCCUCCUCCUUGCUGUGUCAGAGUUACUGUCAAAUGUUUACAGUCAAUUAUGUUUUGCUCGUAUGACAUCCAAGAGAGUCCAACACAGCCUGAAUUCCAUGGUAAUAUUGAAGGAAUCACGAACAAAAUAGUUAAUUUUCUUAAGUCUGACACUCAUAAUGCAGAAAGCCGCAUGAAUUUAAAUGCAGCAAAUGUUUGCAUGGACAAGUAUAAGACAAACUGGUUGAAAACACUUUUAAAAAGAGCAAAAGUAUGGAUCAUUAAUGGAGAAACUCUCUCACAGUCUACUGAUCUAAAAUGAGAAACAAGUUCUUGAAUACUAUAUUAUAAUACUAAAUUCUAAUGCUUAAUAUUGUAAUUCUUGAUUUUCAUAUUAUACCUCAUCUCAUUAUGCUGCUUGUUGAA